AUGCGUGUGCCCUCAGGGCGUGUCGCAGUCACUGCAGCGGCCAGCAUUCUGACACUCUUUGAGACUUCUCAGGCUGCCACGGUGGACUCCAGCCAUGGACCUGUCGUGGUAGACGGAACAAAUUUCGCUCUCCACGGAGACCAUGUCUCCUACCUCUUCCACGUCGACAAGACAAGUGGCGAUCUGGUGUCGGACCACUUCGGCGGCAGCAUCAGCGGCGCCAUACCGACCGCCGUCGAACCCCAGGUCAGCGGUUGGGUGGGAACGUCCGGUCGGGUGCGCCGGGAGUUCCCCGACCAAGGACGCGGCGACUUUCGCAUUCCCGCGGUGCGCAUUCGCCAGUCGCCAGGUUAUACCAUCUCCAACUUGCAGUAUCAGUCGCACACCGUGGUUCCCGGCAAGCCUGCACUACCCGGGUUGCCGGCCACCUUUGGGGACGAACAGGACGUAACGACUUUGAUUGUGCAUCUGUACGAUGAUCACAGUGCCGUAGCGGCGAAUCUGUCCUACUCCAUCUUCCCCCGGCACGAUGCGAUUGUGCGCAGUGUGAGCGUCACCAACAAGGGCGAGGGGGAUAUUACCGUCGAAGCCCUGUCCAGUUUAAGCGUGGAUCUGCCCUUCGAAGACCUGGACAUGAUCAGUCUCCGAGGUGACUGGGCAAGGGAGGCUCAGAGAGAGAGGCGAACGGUGGAGUACGGCGUGCAAGGGUUCGGAAGCAGUACCGGCUUCUCCUCCCAUCUUCACAACCCCUUUGUCUCGCUCGUGCACCCUUCCACCACAGAGUCCCAAGGGGAGGCUUGGGGUUUUUCUCUAGUUUACACGGGUUCCUUCUCGGUGGAUGUCGAGAAGGGCUCUCAAGGAUUCACCCGGGCGCUAUUGGGCUUCAACCCCAGCCAGCUCUCCUGGCGACUCGGACCCGGGGAGACGCUCACAUCGCCCGAGUGUGUGGCCGUGUACUCGCCUGACGGCAUCGGGGGAAUGUCUCGCUCGCUGCACCGACUCUAUCGAAAACAUUUGAUGCGCAGCCAGUUCAGCACGAGCGAGCGUCCUGUGCUACUAAAUAGCUGGGAAGGGCUAAGUUUCAACUACAACCAGAGCAGCAUCUAUGACUUGGCGAAAGAGUCCGCGGCGUUGGGGGCUAAACUUUUCGUCAUGGACGACGGUUGGUUUGGCAACAAGUACCCCCGACUUUCCGACAACGCCGGACUAGGCGACUGGCAGCCCAACCGGGAGCGAUUCCCGGAUGGCCUCAAGCCGCUGGUUGACCAGGUCACGGCGUUGAAAGCGGCCAAUACGUCAACCCCCCUGCGUUUCGGCAUCUGGGUUGAACCAGAGAUGGUCAACCCCGACUCCGUGCUCUACCACGAGCAUCCUGACUGGGUCCUCCAUGCAGGGUCAUAUCCCCGCACCCUUGAACGUAAUCAGUUGGUGCUCAACGUGGGGCUGCGCGAGGUCCAAGACUUCAUCAUCGACACGGUCAGCACCCUUCUCCGCAGCGCCGAGAUUUCCUACGUCAAGUGGGACCACAACCGCGGGAUGCACGAAGCUUCCUCUCCCAGCGCGGAUCACCAGUACAUGCUGGGCAUGUACCGCGUGUUCGACACGCUGACGUCGCGUUUCCCCGACGUCCUGUGGGAGGGCUGCGCAUCCGGCGGUGGCCGGUUUGACCCGGGGGUAUUACAGUAUUUCCCGCAGAUCUGGACAUCGGACAACACGGACGGUGCGGAACGCGUUGCCAUCCAAAUGGGUACGUCGCUGGCCUAUCCGCCGAGCGCUAUGGGUGCCCACAUAUCGGCCGUUCCCAACCAGCAGACCGGACGCAGCGUGCCGGUUGAGUUUCGCGCCCACGUUGCCAUGAUGGGCGGCUCGUUCGGUCUAGAGCUACACCCGGAGGAACUGCACGAAGAAGAGCGCGCCGCGUUACCGGGGCUCAUCGCGUUGGCGGAGAAGGUGAAUCCGAUCAUUCUGACCGGAGAUUUGUGGCGACUGCGUCUUCCCGAGGAGUCCAACUGGCCCUCGGCGCUAUUCAUAUCCGAGGACGGCUCACAGGCAGUCCUCUUUAUUUUCCAGCUGCGCGCUCUCAUUAAUCAUGCUGUGCCGUGGCUUCGACUGCAGGGGUUGGAUGCGAAGGCCACCUACCGGGUGGAUAGCAAUUCGACAUAUACGGGGGCGACCUUGAUGAAUCUCGGGCUGCAGUAUUCUCUAAAGUCGGAUUAUGCCAGUCGUGUAGUGCUUCUCGAAAGAGAAUAG